GCAUGUAUAGCUAUGGUUGUUUUACUGCUGAAAGACUCGUUGCUUUAGGUGAAAAAAGAGCCGUAGCUGUGGGUUGAUGAACCGGGGUAGUUUGCAUUAUUGUGGCUAUUGAUGCAUCCUCCCAGCCUUACACCGUCCUUGAAUUACUCUGAGCUUUAAUCCUUUCAUGUGAAUGUGGCAGUAGGUAAAAAUGCCUGCAACAUGUGACUUUGUUGCACUGCACACUGGGCAGAAGAUGCCUCUCGUGGGACUGGGAACUUGGAAAAGUGACCGUGGCCAAGUGAAGGAGGCAGUGAAACACGCCCUCAGCGUGGGCUAUCGCCACAUCGACUGCGCAGCCGCCUACAGCAACGAAGCCGAGAUCGGGGAGGCCUUCCAGGAGUGUGUUGGGCCCAGCAAGGUUAUUAAAAGGGAGGACCUGUUUGUAACAUCAAAGCUCUGGAAUACCAAGCACCACCCAGAAGAUGUAGAGCCAGCACUGAGGAAAACACUUGGAGAUCUGAAACUGGAUUACCUGGACCUGUACCUCAUGCACUGGCCUCAUGCCUUUGAACGAGGGGACAAUCUCUUCCCAAAGAAUGCCGAUAACACGAUGCGUUACGACUACAUUGAUUAUAAGGAUACCUGGAAGGCAAUGGAGAAACUGGUGGAAAAAGGUCUUGUGAAGGCCAUUGGGCUGUCAAACUUCAACAGUCGUCAGAUCGAUGAUGUAUUAAGUGUGGCUACUGUGAAGCCAGCUGUGCUCCAGGUGGAAUGCCAUCCUUACCUAGCUCAGAACGAGCUGAUUGCUCACUGCCAGAAACGAGGACUGGUGGUCACUGCCUACAGUCCCCUUGGCUCUCCAGAUCGCAUGUGGAAACACCCAGAUGAGCCUGUGCUGCUAGAGGAACCUGGGGUCAAAAAAAUUGCAGAAAAAUACAGCAAGUCACCUGCACAGAUCAUCCUCAGAUGGCAAGUACAGCGUAAAGUGGUUGUCAUUCCCAAGAGUGUCACUCCUGCUCGCAUUCAGCAGAAUCUGCAGGUAUUUGACUUCAGCCUUACAGAAGAGGAGAUGAGCCACAUUGGAAGCCUGAAUAAGAACUGGCGUUACAUUGUGCCAAUGAUCACGGUGGAUGGAAAACUAGUAGCCAGAGAUGCUGGACACCCUCACUACCCCUUUAAUGACCCCUAUUAACUACUAGAAAAUAAGGUGUUAAAGUAAUGCUCCUGUAAUUGCCCUUCCACAAAGUAAUUGUUGCCACGAUUUGUCAAAGGCACUGUCCAAAUGAAAACCUUCCUUCCCAAGUAGGUUUUCCUACAAUGUACUACUUCUAAUCGACCUCCUGCCUGGAGAUCCUGUGGCUUCUGUUCCAAAGUUUGUGGAUUUAUUACAAUGACUGCAAGCUGGCUCCUGGAGGCAUCAGAUCUUUUGGAGAUUACAUAAAGAGUAAUGGAGUCUAAGUCAAGUUCCAAACACAUCGUUAUCAGACAAGGGCAUUACUUUGAGUAAUUACUUUGGUUACUACUGUGAAAUGGUUUUGAAAACUUCAGUUACUACCGUGAUGAGGGAAAAAAAGAAGGGUGAAGGCAUGAAAUUUUUUUUAAGGCUAAAGAAUUGCUCAGCCAUCAACUUUGAUAUCUUUAUUAAUAAUUUUUUUACACAGGGAAUGAAGUGAAAUGUGCUACAGUUGCCCUAUGUCUAUAAACCAUUCAUUAAAACCCAAGUAAUCAGCCAUACCCAGUGCUUUUAUCCACUUCACAGUACUUUUGGGACGUAGAGUUGUCAAAUUUCUCUUUCUUUUAAUUUGCCUGUAGAUUUGAGGAGAAUAAAAGCAGACCCUGGAGCAGGCCUUCAGGUAAAUCCUCUCUCUUGCUUGUCACAGUGCUGGGUUUCAGCUCUGAUCCUAUCACAAAAGCCACAAGAACUUUUCAGCAAGUCUUGCAGAAAAACAUCCUACUUCUCCCGUGAAGCUGUCCAGUGUUCCUUUACCAAAGAUGUCCAUUUGGAGUUCUGGAAGGUCAGAAAAUUAGUUCCUAAUUUUACAGUAAGACCAAAGACCUGUCAGAGCUCCCAGUGUUUUAAUGUUGCAUUUUUGGCUGCUGCCAAAAAAUGUCUUUGGUUGAUGCUUAGGAGAGCUGCUCCUGUCUCCUGCUGUACCACUGACCUGCUGGUAACUCGGGGUGAGUCAUUUGCCUUUUGUGCCUGUUUUCUUACUUGCCAUGUCUCUGUGUUCCCCUGGCAGAGACUCAUUUCCGGAGUGCUGAUGCGCCCCUGGACUGGAACUCCAGCUCUAAGCACAGUUUUCUUUGGUUUCAGUCUCUUAAUGAACUGGGUGGUCAUCUGAGCACAAAGGGCAUGAAGUGUUAGUACCUACCUGUGCUCUGGUGGUGACACUUUCUGUGGCCUUAGAAACAUCAACACUUUAUUUUGGUCCUCUCUACCUGUUAAAUAGAAUUAAUUUUUUUCCCAUAGUAGUAGCAAGCAAUUAGAAAAAUAGUCUUGUAUAUGAAAUAGUUCAAAAGGUAAAGAAUUAGACGCUUUAAUUUGGAUAACCUCAUUUGCCAUAGGCCUAUAGCAGAUCUAUGAAUUCAUUUUGAGUGUAAAGCCUUCUCAGGUAAUUCCUUCCCUGGGCCUCACAGUGUGCAGCUGAACUGGAAAAAAAAAAAAGAGUGACACCCAUUUAUCAUUCCUUGUAAACCGCAGGCAAAAUUUCAGGAACAUCCUUUGUAAAAUGUUUCCUAAUUCCUGAUGAAUGUGCCUCAGUGGAGGAAGCCAUUGCACCUCAUUUAGGAUUCUUUACUAGACUCGACAUUUUCUCCUAAGGAAAAUUAAAUUCUUGUUGGUUUCUUUAAUUGUUCUACUCAGAGACGGUGACUUUGAAUAUGGUUCUUGUUGCAGUCAUUAGGCAAGCAAUUGAACUUUGAAGGCACUCUGGAGACUGCAGCCAUCCUGACAAGGACAGUGGCUUUUCUUGCUUGUUUCACUUGCAUUUUUGCUUGUUUAAAUAAAUUCUGUAUGCACUGUA